CAUCAUCAGCGGCAACAACCACAACAACAACAACGGCAACAACAUGGGCAACUCAACACCAGCCACCCGACACAAAACUGCCAGUCGAUAAGAUAUUGCUGGGAAGCCGACAAAGUGAAAACCCUGAUCCGGCUACGGGCAGAACUGUCACCACUCUUCACCGGCAAGCGAAAUGCAUCCAAGUAUGCGUGGGCGGUCGUCGAACGAGAACUCAGUGUGCCUUUACCGAUUUCAAAAAUCAUCAAAAAGUGGAAUAACCUGCUGCAGGAGUACAAGGCCAUCAAAAUGUCGGAGGAGCCGAAGCGGCGCGAGUGGCCGUUCUUCAACCUGAUGGACGUGUACUUUAGCGACCAGGUGAACGACCCGACGCUGCGCCUCUUCUCGUCCACCAAGCGGUUCGACUCGGACACGCUGGACGACGCCCAGUUCGAUGACGAGAUCAUGAACUCGACGGCUGCGGCGGCCAUCGCUGCGGCCGCGGCUGCUUCGGCCGCCGCCGCGAACGCCCAUAGUCAACACAAGAUCAAGUCGGAGCUGAUCCACGGCCACAGCGGUGGCAGCAUGCUGGACAUCUCGGACAUAAUCGAGGAUCACUUGGGCAGUGGGGACUCCAAGCUGGACCAGUUCAAGCGGGAGAUUGUGUUGAGCCAGUUCAGUAACGUGUCGGAGCGAAGUAACAGCAGCAGUCGGAAGAAGGCAGAGAGUAACAACAACAACCACAUCAACCGGGAUCAGAAACCGAACAUCAACGGGGGCAUCAAUGGGAACAGCUUCCGGGAAAAGGAAAAGCAGCUGAUCGAGAGCUUGAGUCAGAGUCCGGGGGCGGUGCACAUAACCAGCGCCAGCAGUAACAACGGCAGCACGGACAGUCCAAACAGCCUGCAGAGCAGUCCCGCCAGCCACGUCAGCAGUACAAACGGUGGCGUCCAAAAGCUAACGAACGGACCCUCGACGAACGCGAGCUUCAACGCGUUGCUAGCGGCGGCCAACAGCACUCACAGCGGAAGUACGCUGCACAGCAACAGCAGCGCGAUCAGCAGUACCGACCGGGACACGGACUACGAUGACUACCCGAACGAUCGGGACAGCGGGAUGUACGACGGGACGGGAAGCGGCGGUGGUGGUGGUGGUGGUGGUGGGGGAGGUGGAAACGGCGGCGGCGGAGGUAGCACAGGCGGUGCGAACGCGAACCUGAAGAACCUCAACCAGAAGCUGUUGCACCAGAUGAACGAGCACCACAACAUCGAUCAGUACUUGCUAUCCUGGCGCGGCUUCCACGGCAACAUGUGCAAGGGCUUCCACAGCCUGCAGCGGGACGGCCAGAUGGUGGACGUGACGAUCGCCGCCGGCGGCAAAAUCUUCAAGGCGCACAAGCUCGUCCUGUCCGUGUGCAGUCCGUACUUCCAGAAGAUCUUCCUGGAGCACCCCUCCCAGCACCCGAUCCUGUUCAUGACCGACGUGAACGCGCACCACAUGGCCGGGCUGUUGGAUUUUAUGUACAGCGGGCAGGUUAAUGUCAAGUAUGAGGAUUUGCCGAACUUUUUGAAGGUCGCGGAAGCGCUGCAGGUCAAGGGACUGCACGGCGAGAGUACGAAUGACAACGAGGAGCGUGACUACCAGCAGCAGCAACAGCAGCACGCGCUUCGUCUGCAGGAGCAGCAGCGUUUGUACCAGCAGCAACAGCAGCAGCAGGCCGCGGCCGUUGCCCAGCAACAUCAUCAACAACAGCAGCAGCAGCACCAGCAACAACAGCAACAGUUGGCCCAGCAGCGACAGCAGAUGAUUCAGGCAGCGCAGCAGCAGGCCGUGGCGCACGCUCAACAGCAGCAAGCUGUCCAGCAGGCGCAGCAGGCUGCGGCAGCCGCAGCCGCCCAGCAACAGCAGCUGGUGGCAGCGGCCGCAGCCAAUCGCAACAGCUUCAAGGAGCUGAUGAAGGCGAAGCACGCAGCCGCCGCAGCCCUGCUCAGCGAAGACUACCUGAACAACAACAACAGUGGCGGUGCGAACGCGAACCUCACGGGAAGCCCCAACAACGGAACCGGAAACCCCUCGAAGAAGAUGCUGGACAGCCAAAAGUACCAAAAGUACUACUCCAAGCGAAAGCUGGUCCAGCAGUACGAGCAGGAAAUGCGCGCGGAAAAGCGAAAACUCGGCAUUGAAGACGUCAUCCAGGCCGCCGCCGCAGCCAAAGCACUCAACCUGCGGCUCAACAACGGCAUGGAAAGCCCCCGGCACCCCGGAACGCCCCUCCCGGAUCCUCCCAUCAACGGAAACGGCCUCGACGAGCACCACAUCACCCAGCAGCAGCAGCAGCAGCAGCAGCUCUCCCCUCCCCUGAUUGCCAACAUCAAAUCCGAACCCAACUACGACGAAGACGAGGGCAUGGAGGUGGACCACGACGGCCACAGUCCCUCCAGCAACAACAACAACAACAGCGCCCUAAACAACAACAACAACCACGAGGACGACUACUACAGCCAGCGGGACUCGGUCAUCGGCGGCAAACAUUCCAUCCUGGAGCCAAAUAUAGUAUUAAAGCAGAGCGACGAAUGCCUCACCACCGGAACUGGUGGCACACUGAACCUCUGCAAAAACGGCAGUUAGGGCCAGGAGGUCGGCGGCGGUGCCGCCAGCUGGCACCGCGUGUGGCGCGAGUGGGAGUAAAGUGCGCGGUUGCGCGUCCUUGAGAGAGUUUGACAGAAUGGUUGCGUGCUUAUUUAACUUAUUUAUUCGCUCGGUUGUUUACGAUUUUGUACAUAUUUUGACAUUUCACACUUUUGUUGAUGUUUGUUCUUCUUUUCGCGAAAACUUAAAUUAUUGAUCAUUUUAGGGUUAGGACACAAUCGAUGUACAGAGAAAAAAACGACAAGAUUCGCGUGGAGGUUCGACAAGGAUUUAGGACAUAUUUACGAACGCCGUUUUUGUUUUGUUUUGCGCAACACACUCAAUGACGUUUAGGUUUGAAUCAUCCCCCCCACCCUUCAUUCGUUGUUGAUUAUUCUGAUAAGUGUUUGCAUGCGAGAACAAUGGUGUGACCUCAAUGUUUUGUUUGUUUUCCCCCGCUCCAAUUUAGGUUAAGAUUGUGUUUCAUAGGUGUAUGUGUGAACGGGCGUAAAAGAGUGAGCUUAUAAAUAUUAAACAAUAAAAAAAACCAAGAUGGCGCCGCUUUGACAGCGAAAAUGAUCUUCAAAACAAAAACGAAAACGAAACGAUUUACUCUCACCUGAUUAUUUGUGAUUAAUGUUUUGACAGAUGCGGCGCGCGCGUGUGUAUGUGUGACGCGAGUACAGUAGAAACUAGAUAAACAAAAGCGCAGCAAAAGUAUCCAGAAAGUAUAUAUGCAAAAGCUCAGGUCGUUACUAAUUCUAGUGUUUAUUUUUGUUUUUUGUUCGCUUUACCGUUGACAGAUGAUUUAUUAGCGAAAUUUUCACCCAACCCGCGCGCGGCAAUCGAUGUUCUGUAUCAUAGCGAGUGCUAGAAAGAUGUGUACUCUUGUUGUUAUUGGUUAUUUAAUAAAACAAAAAAAACUAUUUAGUUUAAUUUAUUCUGGAAACGGCGCGUGUUCUCAGUAUUUUUCAAGUUUGAUUUUAUUUCCUGCCAGUAUGCAAAAGAGAGAGAGAGAAAAAAAAUCGAACACAAACGAGACAGAGAGUACCAACUGCCAACCAAUUUGAACGGAAUCAAGUGACAAACAGAGUGUGGCAUCUAUUGUGCAAUUAACCCGAGUUAAAUGUUGUUGUGACGCAAACUUAACCCCCCCAGGACUCUGUAGACUAAUAUUACGCGGAAAAAAAGAGGUAAACAAAACCAGCACAUCCAAGGAACCUGUGCGAUUCGGUGUUGCAAGCAAGCUGUGUCUAUCUUAGUAGGCUAAGCGCGAAAACUAACCUUAAACCAAUCAACCCCUUUGUUUGUUUAUCAUAGUUUGUUUAGAUGUUACGUUUUUUUCAUCUUGUUUUAGGAUAGAUUUCCUCCGAUUCCCUCCUCUUUUCUUUUCGGGUAUUUUUAUUUAUUAACCUGUUCUUCUUCUUUUCUACUCGGUGGUGUCGUCUCUUUCGUCUCAGCGUUUUCACGAUCACACUCACACAGAUGAUUUUGUUUUCGUUUUUAGAUAAGCGAUUUUGUUGUUUUCGUUAUAAAAAACUAAACUAUAGAGAUGCAACAGAAGAUUUACAUAUACAUAGAGAAAUGAAGUAAACAAGAGGAUACUAAACUGAGUGUAAUUUAAACGUUGCUUAGUAUAAGUGAGAUAUAGAUAAUGAUACAAACAAACACACACGCAUACAACAACAACAAAAACUAUACUUAUAUGAGUGUUAGAUUUUUAUAGGAAUAUUGAUAUUUACAAGACAAAAAAGGAAAAAAACACAAAAGUUAUGUGGAAAACAAUAACGGUUGCUCCGAAGUGCGAAAAAAUAUAGAAAAACUUUACACAAACAUUACCUGAGUAAACGAACACUUGAAAAAAGAAUGAUGCAAGGACAACUGAACACAUAUACUAAGCAUACACACAGACACACUACAAGGCAAGACAAGACAGAUGGAAAAAGAUACAAUAAUUUUAGAGCAAACGGUUAAGAUUCGCAGCAUUGGCGCAAUCGAAAA